AUGAAUUCACUUUUGUUUUCGUUCGAAGCUCAACCGAUCUAGAUAAAAAGCGGACUCGCUUAGCAUAGCUGUGCGAAGCGUUAAGCAGUCAGCAGCAGAUAGACAAGCAGGAAUUGAAGCCCGUUUUAGGAAGAAGCAGCAUACAAACAGUGAGCCCAUAAGAUGAAGCUGCUGCUGCUAGUGGUGGCGUCCUUGGUCGCCGUAUGCCUUGCCGAGCCAAAGCCUGCCAUCAAUGAGGUCAAGUCAAAUCAACCCUUGCAGAAGCCAGGCCGGUUCUUGUCACUACCCGUACCUGAGAAAUGUGCAUCGCGUCCGAAGCAGUUCAGCUACCGUGGACAUAACUACUUCUACAGUGCCCACGUUCCGGCACUCGCCGACAAACGAGUAGACUGGCUCGACGGUCGUAACAUCUGUCGCGAAUACUGCAUGGAUCUGGUGUCGCUGGAAACGCAGGAAGAGAACAACCUGAUCUUCCGAUUGAUUCAGCAGAACGAUGUGCCAUACAUCUGGACAGCCGGUCGACUGUGUGAUUUCAAGGGCUGCGAAGGUCGCCCGGAUCUGGAACCAAAGAACAUUUACGGCUGGUUCUGGUCGAACAACCGUGAGAAGAUUCAUGCUACCAACCAGAUCCCGAACGGCUGGGGCUACAACCCGUGGAGCAAAUCGGGACACAAGAAGAUCCCGCAACCGGACAACGCCGAGUUCGAUAUCAAUCAGACGACCGAAUCCUGCCUGUCGAUCCUGAACAAUGUCUACAACGAUGGUAUCGGCUGGCACGAUGUGGCCUGCUACCACGAGAAGCCGGUCGUGUGCGAAGAUUCGGAGGAGCUGCUGAACUACGUAUCCGCCACCAACCCGGGUAUUCGUCUGUAAGAUGGGACAGUGACAACGGUGCUGGACUUGUAAGCGCAUUAGAACUGCCCGGUAAUGGUGAAACUGCCGCGGAAGCACCAACACCAACUCGAGGAACCAAAUGUCCUCCUUUCUUUCUUCUGUUCAACUUUUGUUGCUACCAUACUGCUCAUUCUGGAAAGCCGUAGUACGUUUCCUCAUUUCAUUUAGUAGAUGAAUUUUGCAGAAAACAUCCAGUGUGGUAUGUUUGUUCUUUUGCAGACAAAAGGAGGGUUGAUGAAAAAAAAUAUGCAUUGCAAUGAAAACGACUCAAACUAUCAGUAUGUCACCUUCCGAAUCGUUCCAACACUAGCCAUCCAGUGUCAACUGUUGGGGAAGUGUUCUGGAAUUACAAAUAACUUUGCCUGUCCACAUAUUAUUACAUAUUUUCCUAUCGUUUGAACAUACCCUUCCUUCAUCAGAUUAUCAAUUUUGUUUAAAUAACAAAUGAAACUUAUCAAUAUCAAGGUAAACCUUCGUCCAUACACACCCACACGCACACUGGAACACAUGUAAAAUGUUUUCUAAAUGUAUAUUUAUUGAAUAAAUAGACUUUUUAAGAAAUAAAAA